AUGAAAUGGACACUAAACCUUUUCAUCUUGACGGGUGAAUUGAUACUAUAUAUGGUAGCAUCCGAAAAGGUACAAGAAAAAAGAAACCUUUACCUUGGUGGAUUUUUUGCAGUCAAUUUAACUAAAGAAAACUGGAAUGGCGCUGGCAUUAUUCCUAGCGUUCAAAUGGCAAUUGAAGAUAUAAAUAAUCGAAAUGAUAUCUUGAAUGAUUACAACUUAAUUCUACUAUGGAAUGACACACAGGGAUCUCCGGGAUUGGCUAACAAAAUACUUUUCGAUAUGGUUUCUAGUAAACCAACUAAAAUUGCAUUACUAGGACCUGGCUAUUCGGUUACAGCACGAUCAGUAGCAUUAGUAUCCUAUUUCUAUGGUUUGAAUGUAUCCUAUAAUAAGAAAUUUUUAAAUGAAACGAUAGAGGUAUCGUAUUCUGCCCAAGCCAAUCUUCUAGCUGAUCGUAGCACUUUUAAGUAUUUUUAUCGGACUUGCGCAUCGGAUUAUGAUUAUAACAUGCCAAGAAUAUCGACGUGCAAAUAUUUCAAUUGGACAAAAGUGGCUAUUAUCUAUGAAAAUGAUCAAUUAUUUGUCACGGGCAUAAACCAAUUUAAAGCAAUUUUAGAAGAGCACAAAAUCGAAGUUAUUACAGUUGAAAAUUUUGAACAAGGAGGCGAUAUGACAGAUCAAAUGAGAUCAUUGAAGAAUAAAGGAGCCCGAAUUAUCUUCGGGUUCUUCUACGAAGACAACGCUCGUCGAGCUAUGUGCACAGCAUAUCAUUUCGGGUUAACAGACAAGUUACAUCAGUGGUUCCUUCCAUCGUGGUAUCCUAGUUCUUGGUGGGCUAAAGGCGAUAAUAAUAUUAACUGUACCAUAGCGCAAAUGCAUCAAGCAGUUCAAUAUUAUCUUGCCGUUAACGAUAAUUCCAUCAAUUCUGAUAAAGAAGGAAUAUCAGGAAUGACUCCAUUCGAAUUCGACCAGCGCUAUCGUAAUCAUAGCUCUAUCAUCAAUAACGUUUAUCAUCGCAAUAACUUUGCAGCCUCAGGUUAUGAUGCUGUCUGGGCCAUCGCUUUAGCAUUAAAUCGAUCUCAAGAGCAAUUUAAAUCUAUGAAUCGAACAUUAGAUCAAUUCCAUUAUAAUAAUGCAGAAAUGGGAAGAAUUAUAGCCAAUCAACUUGAUCAGGUCAAAUUUGAAGGUAUUUCGAAUUAUAUUAAAUUUGACACCAAGGGUAAUUUAAAAAUCGAUAAAGUUGAUAUCUUUCAACAACAAGACGGAAAAAUUGUUCGAAUCGGAUUAGCUUACCCAUCAAAUCGCUCGAGUAAUUUCAAAAUUGGCCGCAAAGUAUUAUGGAAAGGCAAUAAGAUUCCCUAUGAUGGACCUAUUCGGCGAACGAUAACCUUAACCAUUACACCGUCUCUUUUCAUAACCAUGGCUAUCAUAUCCUCAAUGGGCAUUGCAUUAUCAUUAAUUAUGCUGGGAUUGAAUAUAAAAUAUAGAAAUCAUAAGUAA